AAGGGAAGGUGUAUACGGCGGAGCUGGGGUUGUGAGACCUCACCGUAAGCUCUUACUCUCACGCCCUACUCUCGCGGUGAGCCGCCUAUCUUCUCUUGUGUUCCGUCAACACUUUGCUGUGUGUACGUGUGCUGCAUUCACUGCUGAGCGUACAUAUAUAUCCGAGACGACUCAACCCGGUCCGGCAUUGACUAGCACGCGUAGGAUACGAUCCAGAGAGGCCCAAGUCAGAGUAGACGGAGCUGGCCACAAUGGGGCAGACGCAGGAACCGACGAGCAUUGUUGCGCUCUUGCUGCAGCCACAAAUUCUUCCAUUCUUUCUGAUGGCCGUGGUCUAUGCCAUAAUCAAGAUCAUUGACAGAACCGAUGUACCCAGGAUCAAAGGCCUACCAGAAGUGCCGGGCGUCCCUCUUCUGGGCAAUCUCAAGCAGCUAGGCGACAACCAUCCGGUCAAUGCCAUGAAACUCGCCAAGAAGUACGGGCCUGUCUUUCAAGUGCGCUUAGGGAACCGAAGAAUUGUAUUCGCGAAUACGUUUGACAGUGUCAAGAAUCUCUGGAUCACCAACCAGUCUGCCUUGAUCAGCAGACCGACAUUGCACACCUUCCACACCGUGGUCAGCUCCAGCGAGGGCUUCACCAUUGGAACCAGUCCUUGGGAUGAGAGCUGCAAGAACAGGCGCAAAGCGGCUGCAACUGCUCUGAACCGACCAGCAGUGGCAAGCUACAUGCCCAUUCUGGACUACGAAUCUACAAAGUCGGUCAAGGAAAUGGUCCAAAACACCGACUACGGCACGCACGAUAUUGAUAUAAACCCAUACUUUCAGAGAUUUGCGCUCUCCACAUCUCUUACUCUGAACUAUGGCUACAAGAUCGAGGGCAACAUCGACGAUAAUCUGCUCCAAGAAAUUGUUCAUGUGGAGCGCGAGAUCAGCUUCUUCCGCAGCACCGCGACCAACUGGGCGGAUUACGUCCCGCUGAUGCGUCUUCUACCCGGCAGUAACGACAAGCCUCUUGAGUACAAGAAACGAAGAGCAAUAUACAUGAACCGUCUUCUCAAUGGACUCAAGGACCGCAUUGCGAAAGGAACCGAUAAGCCUUGCAUUUCAGGCCAUGUGCUCAAGGAUCCAGAGGCCAAGUUGAACGACGCAGAAGUCAUGUCCAUCGGGUUAUCAAUGGUCUCUGCAGGUCUCGACACCGUCCCGGGCAACCUCAUCAUGUGUAUCGCCUAUCUUUCGUCAGAACAUGGCCAGGAAAUCCAAGCACGUGCGUUGUCUGAAAUCAAUGCCCAAUACCCCGACAACGAUGCCUGGGAGAAGUGCCUCGUUGAAGAAAAGUGCGAAUACAUCACGGCACUUGUGAAGGAAACCCUCCGAUUUUGGUCCGUAAUCCCAAUCUGCCUUCCACGAAAGUCCAUCAAAGACAUCAAAUGGGGCGACGCCGUCAUUCCAGCCGGCACAUCCUUCUACAUGAACGCCUACGCCGCCCACUACGACGACACACAUUUCAAAGACCCCUACACCUUCAACCCAGAUCGAUACAUGUCGGAUAAAUCCAUCGACGACGCAUCAGCGACCAGAGGAACUCCGCACUACGGCUACGGAGCAGGCUCUCGCAUGUGCAUUGGCAGCCAUCUCGCAAAUCGAGAACUAUACACCGCUUUCCUGAAGAUGAUCUCAGCGUUUGAGAUCUUGCCGCCUAAAGAUCCAAACGAUGCCCCAAUCCUCGACGCCAUGGGUUGUAACAAGUUGCCAAAUGGUUUGACCAUGGAUCCAAAACCUUUCAAGAUCGGUCUGCGACCCAGGAACAGGGAGUUGCUUGACAAGUGGAUCGCUGAAAGCGAAGCGAGAACUGCAGACUUGUAGCCUUCUUUUGUGCGAGCAAAGGGAUGUAUGGACUGCCAAUGCCAUCUUCCGUGAUUGGCGACCUGAUGAUUUUCUUGCUCUGGAAUUCGCCAUGGCUGGUCACUUCAACCAAAGUAGUUUUGCGUCACCGAGAGUGAGUUUUACGACGAAUCUCCAAAACAUUGAGAAUGAUUCUCGGAGUUGGUUGACUGGUAAGAGGAUGGUAGUACAAGGUAAAUACAGCUGCGUGUCCGCAAUUGACUUUCUGGUCUCUUCAUGAUAGAUGUCUUUCUGCCAGAUGAACUCUCUAUAGGGCGCUCGGCCAAUACCCAAACGGCGGCGAGCUGCUUCUGCGCGGCCGUCAAUCUUUGUAUAUAUUCUCCUUCAAAGGAAACGCCAAUCGCCAUGCUUAGAACAAGAUCUCUUCUUCCCACUUCACUUUCUCUCCUCUUUCCUCUCGGCCUCCGAGAGCCUUCCUGGGCCAUUGAUUGAGUAAUUGGUGUACUCUGAUCGAUGCUCAUCUCGACCGAAGAACUGAUAGAGUUCUAGAGAUUACAUCUGGCCUCAUGGGUGUCGGUUCGGUCGCUAUACAGUAUGUAUCUCCACACGAGCACUGCAUCAUUGCUCACGGCUUAACAUCGUCAUGCUUGGAGCUGUCAUCUCCACUGUAAGGACCAACGGGAAAUGCGGGCGUAGUACUGGUUGACUGACUUGGCGGCGCACCGCGUUCCGGGGCUGGAUCAGCCUUUACCACGAGCUUGUCCUUAUCGCUUGUCUCGGGGUGCGGAUCAAGCCUGUACUCCUUGCUAAGGUCACUCUUCGAACGUUCGCGACCAAACCGAAGGCUGUCAUUGUCGCCUUCACGACGUUCUAUAGGGGACCAUCCUCCAGCAAUGGACCCAGCAACAAUGCCUGCCAUCGCUGCUCCGGCAGCAAAGGUCGAGUUGGACCUUGACCUGCCUCGGCGACGGCGAGAUUCAGGUGUAGGUGGCGCCGGUGAGUGACCAUCUUCACCUUCUGCUCGCUCGUUUUGCGGUGUCCUUGGUAGGCUGGAACUGGCCCUGCUUCGGCUGGGGCUCCUGCUAAAGGCCUCCUUUGGAUGAGUCAUUGCGAAUCGAAGCUGGUUAAGGCGACCGCCCUUGUACUUCCUUAGCCAUGCUAAUUCUUCCUUGAUGUCGUAGAGUGCAUCGUUGAAUUGGAACGGGCUUUGAGCUUCCUCAUCCUCGAGCUUGAGUCUCUUCUCCCUGUUCUUGCGCACCCAGCUCUUGAUGAAUGGUGGUACCACCGCAGCCACAAUUUCGUCAGGGAAUAGUCGGACUAUGACUCCUAUUGGCAACGACAAUGCACCCAAGACAAGAGCGAUACCCCACUGGGCACCGGUCUGCUUCUCGGCCUGGAACGCGGGCCAACCGCCAACAAAUACGAUGAGGGUUUGACCACCGACCAUGACAAGGAAGAUGCCAACGAAAAACCAGUUUCGCUGAAGACCCUCAAAGACAUUGAAGCGAUUGUCCAAUCGUCGGUUGUUCAGAGCAUUGAAGAUCUGCAUCCAUGUGAAUGUGUUGAAAACAAGUGUCUGGAGCUGUCUGUGUUCGUGUUCUGUCUCGUAGUUCAAGAUGCUUGCACCAGCGAAGUACAGGAUGAGGGUUACGGUGAGUUGAUAGAUGGCUUGGCCGAUGAUCAUCUUCCACAUUGUGACAGAGAAGAGCGGUGCCGAUUUUGGGUCAGGUUUUCGAUUUAAAAUUUCGCGGCUGGGUGGGUCGGUUGCAAGAGCAAGCGCAGCCAUCGUGUCCAUAAUCAAGUUGAUCCAGAGAAGCUGGACUGCGGUCAGGACCGAUUCUUCGUGAUCGUUGGAAACAGCAGAGAUGAACGCUAGGGCAACAGCUGUAAUGUUCACGGUAAUUUGGAACUGUAAGAAUUUCCUCACGGCGUCGUUGACAGCGCGUCCCCACAUAAGCGCCUUGACGAUGGAAGCAAAGUUGUCGUCCAUGAGGAUGAUAUCGGAUGCCUCUUUGGCGACUUCUGUGCCUGCGAUGUUCAUGGCGAAACCAACAUCGGCAGCUUUCAAGGCAGGAGCAUCGUUUGUACCAUCACCAGUAACAGCAACAGUCUCUCCCAUCUCCUUCAGGCGCCUGACCAAGGUACGCUUAUCAUCGGGCGAGGAGCGAGCCAGGACUUGCAGCUUCGGGAUGAUUUGUCUUUGCUCUUGCUUGCUCAUUUUCCUGAACUCGGGGCCCUCAAGCGCUGCACCACCUGGAGUGAAUAUACCACACUCUGUCGCAAUUGCCUUUGCAGUAAGAAUGUUGUCUCCAGUAACCAUGCGUGGAAAGACUCCUGCGGUGAUGAAAUCCUUGACAGCCUCUGGUACGCCCGCACGGAGAGGAUCCUGAAUUCCGACAAUGCUGACGAAAGUCAUUUGUUUGCAAAUGUCAUCGAAAGAGGCCUGUGUUUUGUCAUCCUCCGACCGUUUGAUACCACGUGGAGGCCAUGACUCGCCAUCAAAGUCACGGAAGAUAAAUCCGAUCGUUCUCAGCGAGCGCGAUGCAUAGGCAUCAAUCAAUUUCUCGAGUGUCUUCUUGUUAUCGGCAGUCAUGCUGGUGGCAUCUGUGCCACGGGUGGGGUCGCGAAUGAUCGAGUAACAGUGUCGAAGCAUGAUUUCAGACGCACCCUUGACCAAAAGCCGAUACCCUUUGCCAUCUUUGCGCUUGAUAACCAUUCCCAUGCACUUUCGGCUAGAAUCGAAUGGAAUCAUUUGCACAAUUUCCGCAUUGCUGCGCUCGAUGCCGACACGCUCCAUGCCAAGAUAGUCGCGUGCCAGAUCGAGAAGAGCAGUCUCCGUCUUGGAUCCUGUGAAGACGACCUUACCAUUCUCUUCGG